AUGAAUUGGGUGGAUUACAGUCCAUAUGUGGCAGCCAGUUGGGCUAUGAAGUAUAUUUGCAAAGUGAAAAAAGAAUGUUCUGACAGAUUACAUUCCAUUUCUUGGCUCACUGCUACUAGCUACUCUAUCAAGGUAAUUUAUCAGAACCUGUGUGAUCAGAUCCCAAAAGUCAACUGUCACUAUUUUGUGUGGAAUAGGUAUACUCUACCCAAGAAUAGAGUCACUAUAUGGCUUGCUCUCCAGGAUAGACUUAAGACCAAGGAAAGACUGCACAUAUAUGGGGUUACUAUAGAUGAAACCUGUGCUUUGUGUGGACAUGACACUGAAUCUAGUGCUCAUCUGUUCUUCAAUUGUUAUUUUAGCAAAGAAUGCAGUUCCAUGGUGUCAAUACCUCCAGGAACAUUCUCUUCACUCUUCUUAAGUGGAUCCAUAGAUACUGCAAAAACUCUUUUACCAGAAAAGUUACUUAUGCUGCUGUUGCUUGUACUGUGUACUAGAUUUGGAAAGCUAGGAAUCUAG